AUGGCUUUUUCUCAUCGAAGUGGGAACCUGACUCUACCCGUCACCUUGAGUUUGGAGCUGACCGCCUGGCAGGGCCUUUUGACUUUCGUCCUUGGACUUAUUGCAUUCAUGUUGAUGCCUCCUGGACCUUGUCAAACUGCCAACUGGGCAAGAGGCAAGACAGGAUGGUUCACGGAGCGCGAUGAAACCAUCAUGGUCAACAGAAUUAUCCGCGAAGACCCCAGCAAGAGCACUAUGCACAACCGACAGCCAAUCACUCCGAAGUUGCUUUGGCACAGCUUGACAGAUUACGAUUUGUGGCCGCUGUAUCUGAUUGGGUUGACCUUCCAAACCCCAAUGACGACUCCUACUCAAUACUUGACCCUGUCUUUGAAACAACUGGGAUUCGGCACCAUCAAGACGAACUUGCUCGUGGUCCCAUCCACCGUGGGCCACAUCAUUACGAUGCUCCUCUUCACAUACCUCGCCGAGGUCGUAGGUCAACUUUGGAUAUUCGGUCUGCUCGCGCAGUUGUGGGCCUUGCCUUUUCUCUCUUACAUCUAUGCCAUCGACAUCAACUCGAUCAACAAAUGGACAGCAUUUGGCAUCAUGACUGUCCUUCUCUCGUACCCGAGUACGCACGCUAUUCAGGUCGGGUGGAAUUCCCGCAAUUCAAACUCGGUUCGAAGCCGCACGGUCAGUGCUGCAAUAUACAAUAUGGCUUGCCAGAGCUCCGGUAUCAUCGCGAGCAAUAUCUACCGUCAAGAUGAUCGACCCCGCUACCAGCGGGGAAAUCGUAUUCUUGUGUCCCUUUGCGUGUUAAAUGUUGGCAUCUACGCAUUCGCCAAAGUCUACUACGUUUUGCGCAACAGGUAUCGGGACAAAGUCUGGAACAGCAUGACGGAGGAUCAGCGUAUUGCAUAUCUCACCGCUACGACGGAUAAAGGAAAUAAGCGCCUGGAUUUCCGUUUCGCCAGCUGA